AUGAUCAAUACCUCUAAGAAGAGAAAAACCAAGGCGGAUUCCCUGCAUUUCCCAGGAUACACAUUGCUGGAGGCUCCAGACUGGCCUGAGGACGUUUCGUAUGAAACCCCCGAAAAUAAUGCAGAACACAGCAAAAGCCCCGAGGAAAGCCCUGUUUCCGAGUUGGAGAUUCAAUCUGAGGAAGCCAAUAUAAAAGAUCACGCAGAAACCCCCAGAUCUGCAUUGGAUGUAUCUUACGAGUUUGGAGACAGCGGGUCCGCAUGGAGAAUGAUGAAACUCAGGAAAACCUUCGAAACGGCUAGAGAGCGCGGAUUGCCAGUAGACGAGGUGGCAAUGGAAAGGUAUGCCAGUCUUUUGCAGUUUGAUAUCGCGAGAGAGGAACAACGCGAAUUGGAUGCAAGAAUAGGUGAAGCCGGCCAUGUGAAAGUUCUAAAGCCCACUGGAUUCUAUGCUAAGGAAAGAGGCAUCGAUAUAUUUGAGGAAGAAAAAUCUGCAAAAUCUAAAUCAGAGCCUGUUGCACUGGUCACUGAGAGUGAGCUCACUUCUAUGAGAAUCAAGGCAAUGAGAGCCAAAUUACGAAAGCUCGCGAAUUGGAAGGAGCUUGAGGCACAGUAUAAGAACUUGGAGACAAGGUUCAAGACUCAGCAGAAAGAGAAAGAGGCAGAAGCAGAAUCCACUGACAAAAUUAUCAACGAAGACGACCUGACUGUUGAGCAGAUGCUUAAGAGGGAGAGGCUUCAAAGAGGUAAGGACUCUUUCAAAGAAUCUGCGAAUCUCAUUCUUAAAGACCGUGCUUUUGAUGAUGACCUAGAGGCGCAAGACGAGAACAGCUCCAAGCUGGCUUCGCUCAGCAAGGAUGGCCAGAUCAAAUUAAAAGAUUACAGUGUUGAGAGUGUCACAGAAGCUGCAAGACUAUCGAAAGUAAUGGAUAGAUGCAUCUACUGCGUUGAGGGCAACCAGAAUAGUAGGCUGGCAGUGAUAUCGGAAGGGUACUCUACUUAUCUGUCCUUGGAGCCUCAACCUGAGCUCACCAGCUAUGGUGCUGUCAUUACACCUUUCAGACAUGUAAAGAACACGUUACAUUGCGAAGAUGAGGAAGAAAUUGAAAUUCGAAAUUUCAUGAGAACGCUAUCCAGGUUCUAUUACGAAGAGUUGAAAAUGGGUGUUUUGUUUUACGAAAAUGCAGUAUCGCAACUCAACCAUGCUAGAAUACAUGCCAUACCAAUUCCACUCAAAUAUGACUCAUCUACUAUUCUCGGUUUUUUCAAAAGUGGGUUUUUGGAGGAGUCAGACGAGAUCGAAGCUCAGCAUAAGCUUGUGAUCGAAACUUUACGAAAAUCCGAGGCUCUUGGAUCGGGAGAAGGCAUGAAAGCUCUGAUAGCAAAGGAAGCUCCUUAUUUUCACGUUUGGGUUUCAUUGGACGGAGGACUGGGUCAUAUUGUGGAGGAUUCUCAAACAUGGCCUCGAGGAGACCUGUUUGCAAGAAGAGUGAUCGGUGGGCUUUUAGGAGUUGACAAGUUCCAGAUCAACGCAAAAACGAAGCAAGUUUAUUCUGGUGAUCAUGAAGCUGUUGAAUUUCAAAAGCUUUGGUCUAAAUAUGAUUGGACCAAGCAAUUGAAAUAG